AUGGCUCCGGGUCCCGGUCCGCAGCCGCCGGCAGCUGGACCCUUCUUCCUGACCAUGACGGUUACAGCCAGGUCGGUGCAAGAUACCGAUUCACUUUAUGAUGUGUUUGCUGAGCAGCGCGCCGGGGCGCUACAAGAAGGAGGAGCGACUGCUUUCCUCGUGGGACGCGGCAUAGGGGCCAAUCAGCAUACCAUCACGAUUUUUGAGCAAUAUGACGAUAUCUCCGCUUUCCACAGAGUCCACAGUCCCGAGUUCAAAGACGAAAAGUAUUUCGAAUCGAGGCGGAUGGUCAUGGCAUUAAAGGAGUCAAUGCAUGUUGAGUUCUUCCAGAUCCGAUGGUCUGGGUUGUGA